CCGCGCCGCACCUCUUUCUCGCCGCCGCCCCUCGCCGGGGCCCACCGAGCCGCACCCGAAGGCCGCCCCCAGCACGCGCGCGCCGGAACCUUGUGUGUAUUAUGUGCGAGCGUGAUUAUGAGACAGGUUGCGCCCAUUAGUGUCUACUAGUGCCUAGGCAGCGCCUAUCAGCGCCCACUAACAAGCAGCAAUCGACGUCAAGAACCUGGAAAGACAACAAGUCGUGCUUAAAAAGACUCUCACGCAUAGCACACCUAACAGAACCGCACCCGACGUGCUCGGCCUGCGCCGCCUCGAAGCGUGCGAGCCCGCCCACGAUCCACAACGCGGGGCCGCGGGCGCACGCGCCGCUCCGCGACGUCCCGCCGCCGCGGCCGGCGAGGAGCGCCAGAGACCGCCCUCCGCCGCGGCAGCGGCGCGGCGCGGGCUGCCCCUCGUGAGAGGGGUCGCCAGGGAACGGGAGCACGCCCGGGGGGGGGCUGGGGCGGGCACGAAAGUCUCUCCGCGUACCCCUCGUCACAAAUAUGCCUAUGCAAUGCGCCGACGAGGCGAGGUUGGCCCCCAGCGGAUGGGUAGCCCCCUGGCGGUUAAGACGAAGCGCAGCACGGGCGCGACAUCCGACACGGCACCCUCUCGAGCUGCACGAGAAAGCCUCCUGAGCGAUGGCUCAGUCUAGGCCCCAAAGGCGUCGUGCACCACGAGUCGGGACCCAAUGCCCAGACCGGCGGGGGAAGCAUCGUCAGAAAAACUCUGCCUCGCACGGGAUUGCAGCACCAACAUUUGGUUCACUGUACAAUGGGAAACGGACUGCCUGACGCCGCAUGGCAAGCGCUGGGUAAGCAGUGGUCAUUUGAUCUUACGCUGACCAAAACCCGGCUGGUGAAGCUGAGGCGGCGUGCUCGUUGGAAGACCCACACUUCGAACGGCGAGGAGGAGGAGGAAGAGUUCCAAGUGGGGGGCGCGAGGCGUUGAAACCCGCACCUACUGGAAGCUGGGACCGCCUCAGGAUGGAGAAGCUGGGGCCGCCACUCCAAAGCGGCACUCCUCGACGCGCCUACGCGGUCGCCUCGGCGUGUGGCGGCUGUUGGCGCCGUCGCCGGGCCGACGAGCGGGGGCCUUCUGGGAGGGCGGCCUCGCGACUUCUGCGCGCCCGCCACCGCCGGCCGCCUCCCGCAAGCGCACGCGCGCCCGCGCCGCGCCCCCGGUCGCGCCGAUCUCCUCUCCGCCGUGCCCCUCGGGAUGGCGGCGCGCCCCGGGCGCUGGACGUCUGCCACCCCCUCGGACGCCCCGACGGCCCUCGGACGCCCCCCGGCCGCUCACAGGGGCCGAGCCUGCUGCCCGGCGGCGAUGGCGCCAGGGCCGCCGUGCAGGCCCCGCCCAACCGGGAGGGGCGCGCGGGGCGCGCAGGCCGGGAGUCGGCGGCGCUGCGUCCAGCAGGCCCCGGGCACCGAGACGUCUUGAAGAGAUCGGGGCGGAGGCGUCUCGUCGCUUCGGACCUAUGGGGGGGGGCUCCCGAGGCGACGGCGGGGGUCGACGGGGCAGACUUGAAAGUGUCGAGCGCGCGCGCUUCGCGUUGCGAGCGCAAGGCGCGGUCGCGCCGCCAGGCGCGGUCGCGCCGCCAAGGAGCAGCGGCGGCGCGAACGCCCAUCUCGUAAAGGCAGAAAACAGGAGGAGGAGGACGGAGGGAAGGGAGGCGGAGGAGGAAGAGGAGGAGGAGGACCUGUGAGGGCUGCGCGCGCUUGCCGAGAAUCAACGCUCGGCGGCUGCAGCAGCACCCCCUUGGCGCCGCAGGUGCCGGGCACUCAUAGGCGCCGUGCCUCCGGCAGCCGGGCGCCGAGCUGGGCCGGCGCUCUCGCCGGCCCCUGGCGAGGGGAGCCAGAGCCCCGGCGGGGGCCGCAGCCGCUGCCGCCACGGCCUGCGCUGCGAUGCUCGCGCACUGCACGGGGCCGUACCGCCCCGAGG